AUGAAAAUAAACGAACAAGAAAAAAAUACCUUGAUUCAUCUUCGCGCGUAUUCAUUCGAUUAUAAAGCCUCGUUUAUACGACAGAAAACAGUGGCACAAAAUACAGCAACACCGACGAUUAACAUCGUCGAAACAUGCAAUCAAUUGAAAGUUGCAUUAGCACAAGUGCUCGAUCAACAGGGCGAAGUAAAACUCGUCCAGGUGCUCAUCGAUCGUCUUGUCGACAAUGUACACCGAUUACCUAAUAUGGACAUGACUGCUGAUGUUCUUCGCUACAUUUUUUAUCCAUUUGGCGCACGAACACUUGAUCAUGGAUCCCAGACCUUGGCUAUGAAGAUGGUGAAACUUAUGCAAUGGUGGUUAACAGUGAAACCGAACCAGGCUCCAUCUCGAGGUUUGCUCGAAUUAGUUCGUGAACGACGUAUUAUCGUCAUGCAACAAGUAGAAGGUCGGCUUAUGCAGAGGUAA